AAUGCAGAUCUCUUUGCUACAACAAACUCAGAGAGCACAGAGUAGGAAUUCUUUUAUGUUUCACAGUACAGGCUGGAAAUGCGUUUCAAGACACAGAUCAAACUCCUAGCCUCCUCUGUACAGACAAAUGUAAUGGUUUGCAGAAAUGAAUAUUUAGCUGCAAUUCCCUGAAGCAGGAUCAAUGGAGGAGGAGGAGGUUUACUAGGGCAGACUAUUCACAAAUGUGGAUACCGAGACAAGCUGUACAACUAGUACUCGAACAUAAAAGAUCUACUAUGGUUUCUUUACAAGCUCCUUUUGUGCCAGGGGAUCCAGUCUUUCCUUGAGACACAAGUUUCUUCCAAUACAACUCAGUUCACUUCCUUAUGACUCGACCUAUACAGCUGUGGAUGCAUAUUUAAAGAAACAAAAAGUAGAGGGGUUCCAACUAUCCUAGCUGUGAACUCUGCUUGAAGAAACUUCACUGCAGUACUGGGAAUCAGAGCCAGCUGGAUGUCAGGAUGCAAGUGGCUACCCUAAUAAUAUUACUUUUUUUUUGUAAAGCAUCUGAGUUUAGGAAGGUAAGAAGAAACAACCGAGGAAAUAAUGACAAAUCAAGAAAAUCUUCUAGUACUGUUAAACGCUAUGCACCAGGAUUACCAUGUGAGAUAUACACAUAUAUUAACGAAAAAUAUUUGGACUGUCAGGAGAGGAAGCAAACAACUAUAGCAAAUGAUUGGCCAGAAGAUCUGAUUCACAUUCUGCUGGCAAGAAACAGAAUUCGUAUUAUAAAAAAUAAUGCAUUUUCUAGGUUUCAAAAUCUAAAGAGUCUGGAUUUGCAACAAAAUGAAAUCACAAAAAUUGAGCAUCAGGCUUUCUUUGGAUUAAAAAGACUGACAACUCUUCUACUGCAACAUAACCGGAUAAAAAUCUUAUCAGAGGAAGUAUUUAUUCACAUGCCACGACUUACUUACCUUCGGCUUUAUGACAAUCCUUGGGACUGCAACUGUGAGCUGGAGUCCCUUGUAACAUUAUUACAAAUUCCACGAAACAGGAAUUUUGGAAAUUAUGCCAAGUGUGAAAACCCAGCAGAAUUGAAAGAUCAAAAAUUGAAACAGAUCACACCUCAAGUGAUAUGCCAAGAAGAAGGAGAUGAAAAACCUAAACCAUUGGAAGGAUCCAAGGUCACUAGACCUUCUGUGGAUUCAACACUUUGUCAUACAUAUUUAUAUCCAAUUGCAACACUAGAUUGCAGAAGAAAAGAAUUACAACAAGUUCCAACUGACAUUUCCCCAGACAUCAUCAAACUGGAUCUCUCGAGCAAUAAAAUCAAACGACUUCAAGCAAAACAGUUUAAAGAUGUUCCAAAUCUGAACAUUUUAAAUCUAAGCAACAAUGGAAUAGAAUUUAUAGACUCAGAUGCAUUUUCGGGUCUCAUGAACCUCCAUGAAUUAGACUUGUCGGAAAACAAGCUCUGCAAUUUCCAGUAUGGUGUCCUGGAAGAUUUGUACUUUUUGAAAAAGUUAUGGCUCAGGGAUAACCCGUGGAGAUGUGACUACCACAUUCAUUACUUGUUCUACUGGCUAAAACAUCAUUACAAUGUAAAUUACAAUGGCUUGGAAUGUAAGGAGCCAGAAGAGUAUAAAGGAUGGUUUGUCGGGAAAUAUGUCAGGAGUUACUAUGAGGAAUGUCCAAAUGAGAAAUUCCAGGUUCAUGCAGGGAAAGAUGAAGAGGAAUGGGAGAAAUUAGAAGGAGACAAGAGGCAAACACAAAUUGAAUCUGCAAAAACACAUGGUGUCCUAUUAACAGUGUUGACAUAAUCUACUGCUAACUUAAUUAGAGAUUUUUGCUUACAGAAUAAAACAGAAUUUAGAAUUUUUGUUAAAUUCAGCAAGUAUUUUUCUAAAAAGUUUACAGCAAUUUAAAACUUUUUUGACAUCUGCUUCAGAGGUUUCAUUAGGUGUUUCUGUUGCAUUUUCAAACCUUCACAAAUUCUGAAGAAAAUAGUGUAGCAUGCAGCAAUAUUGGGGGAGAUUUAAAACUUUUAAAAGUUGUUGAGUUGCCCAUAGCAACCAAUCAGACUGCUUCUUUGAUUUUUGAAAAGGCCUCUGA